AUGGAGAAGGCAUCGGAAGGAGUUGCCUCGCCCGAUCCGUUGGGUGGAUAUUGCUCCUGGUUGGACAACAAGUCCGAUGAUGACGAUGAUGCUUCGCCAGCCUCAUCACACUUCUCCUGUGAGGGUUCGGAGUUUGAAAGGUACUGCAGUGCGAAUUCGGUUCUGGGAACCGCGAGCAUUUGCAGUUCUUCUGGGAAUCACGGCGAGUUCCUAGAUUCAUUUAGGAGUUUUGGACCUGGGGAAGACAGCCUUGCCGAGGGUCCAAGCGUCAGAGAUAGGAUUUGGAGAAAUCAAAGGUCGGCGGAUGAUACUUUCUUUGGAAAAUUUGAUGGUUUUUCUGAUGGGGAAGGUGACUCCAGUAGAGCAGACCCUGCGGUUGAAAUCAAGUUCCCUGUUUCAGGGUCGGACGGUCUUCCUAAGGAGAGAACUAGUUCCAAAUUAUUUAUAGGUUCCAAUCAAAACGGUGAUAAUUAUUUGAUUCCUUCUGGGGUGCGAGUAGCAAGAAAAUCGCAGCAUCUAAGGUUGCCAUCCCAUGCAAAUGCGCUCGAAUCAUCAUGCUCUUCCUCACAAAUGGGAGGUCCACGUGCUGACCCUGAAUUAUCUGAGAAGUUGAAUUUUUGUUUUCAGGGUUCCACUUCAGCUUGUCUGCCUGGAAUCGAAUCAGUUCCAGAUGAGAACAGCUCAGUAAGAUAUGAACAUUCGGAAGGGGAAGGCUCUUUGCUUGAUUAUGGUACUGAUGGUGAGGGUGAUAUUUGUAUGAACUGGAAUAAUACUUUUAAUCGCAAUUGGGAAGGUAGGGAUCAGAACGAGAACCCAUUGCUUAUGAACUCUUCAGUGGCAUUUGGUAACGAUGAUUGGGAUGAAUUUGAGCGAGAGACAGAAGUUAUCGAAUUGGACUCUAUCCCAUUUCGUGGGGGAAAGGGUGACCAUUUUGAGGUGGAAAAUAACAUUUUUGAAGUACAAGAUGACGGACUGAUCCAGCAUUUUAAUCCAGGAAGAAUAGAGCAAGAAUUUGUGGGGGGAAAAUCAGGGGCAAGCAGCCAAGUACUGCAGGAAGAUAAGUCGUCUGGUAAUGUGACAGGAUAUCACGUUGGGAAGCUGCUGAUUGAAAAUGGGGUCUUGAAAGUUCAGAGCUCUAGUGUCAGAGCAGAAGACUCGGUUCUUCCUGGUGCUCAUAGGGCGAAAAGCAAUUGCAAUUUAGAGAAAGAUGCUCAUUAUAAAUCCAAAGAAAAAGUGAUCAGCGUGGAUGGGGAUGGGAAUGGAAUUUCUGGAAUGAUUUCAAGCCCUUAUCUUGAUAACUCUGCUUCCCAGUUUAAUUGUAUUCCUACCAGGGAAUCGGAAAAUAAAGAAAUUGAGCCUCAAGAGGAGCGCAAAGCUGCUGAUAUCCUUCCAGAUGUUCAGAACAGUCGCGACUUUACAGACAUUGAUAAUCUGGAUGUGGCGGCUGAUCAGGUUAGCCAGACUAUAAAUGAUUCAUGUCCUCAAUUUUAGUAUAAGUCAAACACAUGCGUAUGCACACGCACACGUUAAUGGAAGGAAAAAAAGAAGAAGGAGAAAGCCUUCAGUAUGACAUGGGUUUUAGAUGAUAAACACCAGAAUACAUUUCUUGACAUUUUUCUUCCUUGCUUUUGAUUGCCGCUUUUUUGAAAUUUCUGAAACGCGUCUUUUAAAUUGCAUCAUUCUGAGGUGUGUCACCUGAAAUGUUGCAAUUGAAAUGUUUAAAAUCCUUACGUGUGACUGAUUCUUACUGUUUUUUGCUCCAUUUUUUGCAUAUGGCAUUUGAAUAUGUUUGGACCAGGAUUCCAUCUUCAACUCUCUCGAAUUCUGUAAUGAAUGCAUUUCUAGUUUUGCUGUUCUAUAACAAUGUAGUUGAUGCUGUAGAAUUGGAAUCAUAGCAUAGAACUGGCGUCUUGGAGGGCAUCUCACGCCUUGGAGGAAUCAAUGUACCCUUUUGUACUUCCAUAAACAUGGAGUGUGCCUAGAGAAGCUUAAGCUCUUAACCAAUCAUUCUUCUUGUGACCAUUAAGGAAUGGAGUGAGAGGCCCCUAUUCCGACUCAUAGUGAAGCCAUCUCACACCUUGGGGAACCUCUCUAUUCUCUCUGUACUUCUGCCAUGGAGUACGCUGAGGGAAACUUAAGCUCUUAACCAAUCUGUCUUCGAGCUGUGCACUGAAAAAUGAUGCUUGGUUUGGUUCAUCUUCCAUGUGGUUCUGUCAUUGUCAUAUUUGCUUUUACCAAAAUUCCUCCAUUAUUGGUUUUUAAACUUUCAUUGGGGAAAAUAUUUAUCUUGUGCUGCACCUUCAGCUUCUGGGAUUUACUUUUGUCAUAUCUUUCAGGUUGAAAAGUAUGAAACCUCUGAAUUCUACCACGAGAUGGUUCUUGAAAUGGAGGAGAUCUUGCUUGAUUCUGGAGAAAGUGCUGGAGCUAGGCGCUCUCAAGGUGAUCGGGGUGAUACUUCCCAGAAAUCUUAUAAUUUCAGAGACGGGGGUUCAACGGCAUCCAUAUCUGGGACGGAUGACUUUUAUACGGGAAAUCAGUAUCCCGUAACGAUUGAUUGUAUUGAAGUUGUUGGUGCAAAGCAGAAGAAAGGAGAUGUUUCAUUUGGGGAAAGAUUAGUUGGGGUGAAGGAAUAUACAAUAUAUAUAUUGAGAGUGAAAAGUGGUAAAGAUCAGUGGGAGGUGGAGCACAGAUACCGUGAUUUCCUUACUCUCUAUCAUCAGCUAAAGACUCUAUUUACUGAUCAUGGUUUGACGCUGCCUUCUCCCUGGAACAGUGUGGUGAGAGAAUCUAGAAACUUAUUUGGUAAUGCAUCCCCAAGUGUCAUCACUCAAAGAAGUAUUCUUAUUCAAGAUUGUCUGAACUCUGUGCUUCAUUUUAGAUUUUCAUCUGGAACCCCUAGUCCUCUGAUCUGGUUUCUAUGCUCAAACAGAGUCUCCCAUAGCUCUGAUCCGUUGAAUCAUCUCGGUCAAAAUCCACAGAAAAUUUCAGCCGGCGUGAAGUCAAACUCAUCAUAUUGUGGUGAACCAAGUGCGGGCGAUGUUUCAAAACUGGGAAAGACAAUAUCUCUUGUACUUGAAAUCAAAGUACGUAAGCCAAUGGGACAGCUGCUAGAGGCACAGCGUUAUUUAUGUGCCGGAUGUCACAGACGGUUGGAUGCUGGAAAGACCCUGGUGCAAGGACUUGCCAAAACUUUUGGGUGGGAAAAAAACCGAUUUUGUGAAUACACCGGCCAAUUGUUUUGCUUCAUAUGCCAUACGAAUGAUGCUGCAAUUCUACCAGCUAGAGUCUUGCAUCACUGGGACUUCUCUCUGUACUCAGUUUCUCAGCUGGCUAAAGCUUUCCUCGACUCCAUAUAUGAUCAGGUAUCUCCAACCUGCAUUCCUAACUCGCCUUUUGCCUCAUCAAAGAAUAUUUAUUUUUUUAUUGGAUGGGUUGAAACAUCAUAGCUAAGUCAAUGGUUUAGCGUCUUGCUGAUAACCGUUCUGUUUUCUUUCAAAACCUUAUGCAAUUUCUCUGAUGCAUUGGCUUUUCUUCUGUGAACAGUUCCACUAAUGUAAUUGCAUAUUUUAUAUUCUUUUUCCAUUGGGUAUACACCCGUAUUGACCUGACUCUCACCCAGUGAUUAUUAGCACCGACAUGGAAGGCCAUUUCUAUAUACAAUCUUGCCAAUAUGAUUUAGUUUUCCUUAUUUGCUUAUUUUUUGCACGAUCGAUCAUAAAAUGAUGCCUUAUAUCUUGGAUCUGUGCUCACAGACUCGUGCUAAUUAGAUUUUUCUCUCAGCCAAUGCUCUGCGUCAGUGCUGUCAACCCUUUUCUGCUUUCCAAGGUCCCAGCCUUGCAUCAGAUAAUGGGCAUCAGAAAGAGAAUAGCUUCCAUGCUUCCAUAUGUCCGCUGCCCUUUCCAGAGGUCCAUCAACAGAGUACUCGGAUCUCGCAGAUAUCUUCUUGAAGAAAAUGACUUCUUUGCACUUCGAGACCUCGCUGAUCUUUCAAGAGGAGCAUUUUCCGGUAAUCUUUAAAACUCACUGAUCUUCUCGCUGGCCACAUUGGCCUUCAUGUUGCCUUUGGAUAAGCAGAUGAUUGCUGGAGUUAGAACUAGAUUUGAAUCUUUGGAAGAUAUGCAAGCAUAUCUUUCCUUUCAAUAUUUUUUUGCUUCGAGUUGCAUGCAACCAAAGUGAUGGGGGCUUUCUGCAUCCAUUCAGACUCAGUUAGGUCAUAUAUUUCUUUACUGUCUUGUCCCGAUUCUGAUUUUUGAAGUUUGUGUUUAAGAUCAGUUCUAUAUAGCGUAGUUCUAUGACGAAUAUUUGAGUGAGUGGGGAUAUAUAUAUUCAUGUAGAAAGAAGAGGAGAGAGAGAGAGAGGAAGAGCAAGGGUGAGGGGAGACCAAGAGCAUGAGAUUACAGUGACAAAGGGAAGAGAGGCUGGAGAGAGAGAUUCGAGGUUUGAGAAAUUAGAAAAAUGGGGAGAUAACAACAUGAAGGGAGCAUGGGUAGUGGGACAGACCAUAUAGGUUGCGAGAGAUAGAGAGAAAGAGCACAGGAGGAGGAGGAGGAGGAGGGUAUGAUCAGAUGGGCAAUAAGGGGUGAGUUCUUGAGGACGGGGCAGAGCUUUGAGAAAUACAAAGACAUGGAGAUGAAUAGGGAAGAAAUUGAAGAUGUUGCUUACUCCAGUUGCCACUGAAGAGGUAGAUGGAACUGCAGGCAAGGAUGAAUCCAAUGGAUUCCCUCGAUAUCCUUUCAACAAUGGUGGCAUUGUCUGACUGGACCUUCCUAUUCUGGAAGCUGCUGCAAUUUGCUGUCCAUAAAUGGACCUGUGCACUCCCAGAAUUAUGUAGAUAUAGAAAAAUAUUCUUAUUUCCUCCCCAUCUUUGUAUUAUUUUCUCAGCUUUGCCCACUCUGGUGGAGAUGGUCGAGGGGAAGAUCCUCACCCACAUUGCCCAGCAAUGCCUCAUAUGCUACGACUCUGGCACCCCCUGCGCUGCCCGACAGACCUGCGAGGAUCCAUCAUCCCUCAUCUUCCCCUUCCAGGUGGGCUCUUCCAUCAGCAAUACACCUGAAUUCAGAUUAUAAGUAAUCAUUUAAAACAAAAAAAAAGAAAAAAAAAAAGGAAGGAAGACCCAUAGUUUUUUUCAUCGAGUGGAAUCUCAUCCACUACUCUUGUUCUACUGCAACCAGGAAGCCGAAGCCGUGCGAUGCAGCUCGUGCAAUCUGCUCUUCCACCAGCCCUGCAUUCUGAAGAUGGGGAGCUGCCCUUGUGGGAAGCUGGUGCCGGUGGACGGGCAGCUGCGCCCGGCUUCAGGGGCCAGCCAAGGGGCCGAUAUCGAGCUGAAAGGGUUUGUUGAUGCGUCAGCCGAGAGCUCCGAUGCCAAGGCGCUGUCAGGAUUCUUUGCCGAUCUCAUGUCAAAGGCCAGGCCGGAGAAUUUGUGGAAGAAGACCAGGAAGACCCACCCUGUGAUCCUCAUGGGCCCGCUGCCGGGCACGGAAGGUUGA